GUUGCAUUCAACCUUUGACGAAGUGGUCACUACACGUACUCUGGCGAAAGUUACGGCUCUUCAUCUGCGUUUUGCGCUUCAGAAAAGCAGUGACGUGACGUCAUGUGAAAACGACAUUCGAACGAUAUCUUAAAAGAAUCUGUAAAAAUAUUAAACUCGCAGACGUAAAUAAGUUUAUACGACACAAAAUAAUGCAAUGGAAAAGCUGAAAAUUAAAUAAAAAUGUAUUAGUAACAGUUAAGAAAUACGAAUCUGUAAAUCCAUCGUUUUGUGUAGAAUUUUAAAUCGGCCUAAUUCGUAAAACAUUAAAAAUCGCUUUAAAAACUAAAAGUCUAAUAGCCGGUUUCAGUAAUAAAAAAUCUACAAAUGAAUAAAUUAGAUGAAUAAUAAAUGAAUAUAAAUAAUGCAUUAAUCAUACCGUUAUGUUGUAGGGCACGCGCAGCUUGGGAGAAGGCGUUCAUUGAGCCUACGUCACUUCGUAUUAGUUCCGCUGCUCGUUUUUUAUUUUUUAGACCAGUUGGGUCUUUUAUUUUAAUUUGAUCGUUUUAGUUUCUACUGUACGAUGUUUUAUUUUAGUAUUGUGAUUUUUGGUCACCCAUAAAAAAACAUUUAUGUCAAAAGAGUCCUCACUUUAAUCGGACUCCAUACAAAGCAACGCCACAUUCCGGCGAUGUAUUAAUUUGUUAAUAAUUUAUUACUAAAUCUAUUUCUCAUUUGUAUUAUUUUAAAUAAACGCGAUUAGUAUUAAAAAAAGAAAUCGAUUUUGUCCCAUUACAAAACGACGCAUGACGUUGACGUGGUCAUCUGCGUAUCACCUUAAACGUCGAUCACUAGGCAACGAGCGCGUAGCGUACCUUCUACAAACAACAAACAUUGAUUUGACGAGCCGCUGGAUGAGACGGAGCGAUCUUCAGAUUUGCAUUUUCCAUUUCUUGACUUUAUUGAUACAUUCAUUUCGUUAAUUUAUUCAUUUAUCAAUACAUUUUCAUCUGAAUUACUCAGUGUCAUAUUUUUGUCUGGUUUUAACAUUUCUUGUUUUUAACGUAUUCUCAGUCCGUGAGUUGUUAUUUUCACAGGUCAGAUGACAUCGUUCAUCGGAGGAAGCUCUUGUGGAGCUGGCGUACCGAGGGAUCAGAUCGCCUCGUUGUUCGUGGGGGACCUUCAUCCAGAAGUGUCCGAGUUCGUCCUCCAUCAGACGUUCAGCCCGUUCGGUCCGAUCCAGUCCGUGCGGGUCUGCAGAGACAGGGUGACUCGGCGAUCCCUGCGGUAUGGUUAUGUUAACUUUGUUAACCACGCCAAUGGUAAGUUAUCUCUCCGUUCUUCACCUUGACAUCUUGGUAAUAAACAUUUGAAUUUGAAAUUUCAGCCUUGUGUAUUUUUCUCCUCGAUGUUGUUUCCUGUAAAUCAUCUUUAAAUUAGGCUAUGUGAAGUGUGCCGUACAAACAAACUUGCUAGGUCUUGUCUCUUAUCAACUCUGUCUUUCAGCUGAGAGCGCCAUGGACAGCCUGAUGUGUCAGGAUCUUCUGGGCAGACCCAUGCGGAUCAUGUUCUCCCAGCGUGAUUCCACUCUGAGGACGACUGGGGUCGGGAACAUCUUCAUCAAGGGUCUGGCCAGCAGCAUCGAUGGUGCCAGCCUUUAUGACUGCUUCUCAAUUUUUGGGAAGAUCCUGUCCUGCAAGGCGGUCUGCGAUGCACAUGGAUCCAAAGGUUAUGGAUUCGUCCACUUUGCCACCUUUGAAGCGGCAGAGAAGGCCAUCAAAGCGCUUGAUGGCAUGUUGUUGGACGACCAGCUAGUGUCCAUUGGCCACUUUAAAACCUUUCAAGAGCGUCAUGUUGAGCAGCAGGUCAUGGCUCAGGACAACGAGAGGCACUACCCGGGGGUGAGUCUGUACGUGUGUAACCUGCUGUGACGCGGAGCUGACUUGGGAUCAGCGUCACCUGGGCAACAGCCCGGCAGCUAGCGCUGAUUGCGCUACACCUGCGCUGGAUUAGCUGCCGGGCAUAAAGGCCGCGUGCGAAGAUCACUCGAGGUCCUGGGUCGAGAGACAACACCGCUGUCACCAUUUGCCCCGGAAUGGAAAACGGAAGGACAGCGAGGGAAGCAGGGACGAGGACCUUCAUACACGAGCACGGACUGGCCAAUUAUGAUUUAAGAGCACCCAGGAUGUUACCUUGUGGGACAGUAUAUUUUAAGUUGUUUAAUAAAUUCCCCGCUGGGGUUGCUUGCACCGUUGCUCUGUGUCUGCCGUGUCUCGUACCCCGUCACACCUGCCCUAUAGCUUCAGUGAGCAGCAGCUGUACAGAGCGUUUUCACCCUUUGGAAGCAUCA